GAACAAAAGGAUGUGCCCGGCCAUCCCCGAGUCUUCAUUGUGACUUCUUCGCUCUCAACGGUGGACAAUUUGCGUGCUGGCGAGUGUUUCGAAUGUCUCUUGCGCUCCCUGGAAUUGUCUGUGCAGUUUCCGUGGCAUAAUUAAGGGCUGAAAUAUUUUCGCUCUCCCACGAAAAAGGAGUGAAGUGUUUUUAAUGAGGAAUUACAGAGAGAAAAAUUAGACGAACGACGACGAGAAGAUUUUUCCGUGAAGAGUUUAAAUCCCUCAAAAGCCCAGAGAAAAACGCACACUCGAAGGCAACUGAGUGUGAGGGUGGAAAAACAGUACAAGAGAAGUGGAGAAAAAGAUUAAAAUGACUUCAAUGCCUCACAGUGUGCCACAAUUUAUUCAUUGAUGCAGAAGGGAAACGCUUAGAAAUUCCAACUUUGUCUUGUGCUUCGGCAUUCCGUGCAAGGCGGCAAACAACAAAUAAACAUCAUUUAAUUAGGAAAUAGAAUUUCAAGAGUUGGACGCGACAAAAGAACCAAUUUAAGUGGAUUUUGCAAUGAGAAUGUGGUUGUCAAUUGUUCUCCUGGUCAUUUGUGUGCAAAGAAUUUCGAGCUUUCAACCUGAAUUUGUGGAGCCCAUCGUCAAUAUUUCAGUAGCUGUUGGACGAGAUGCCACUUUUACAUGUCACGUUCGUCAUUUGGGUGGAUAUCGCGUUGGCUGGGUGCAGGCAGACACAAAAGCCAUUCAGGCCAUCCACGAGCAAGUCAUCACUCACAAUCCACGCGUGAGUGUCUCACAUUCUGACCUCAACACAUGGAAUCUGCACAUCAAAUCCGUCACGGAGGAGGAUCGAGGCGGCUACAUGUGCCAAUUGAACACGGAUCCGAUGAAGAGUCAGAUUGGACUUCUCGAUGUCGUUAUCCCGCCGGACUUUAUCAGUGAGGACACUUCGUCGGAUGUGAUUGUGCCAGAGGGAAGCUCUGUCAAAUUGACCUGCAGAGCCCGAGGAUAUCCUGAACCGAUUGUCACAUGGCGCCGUGAGGACAAUGAGGAAAUCAUCCUGAAAGACAGUCUCGGUUCCAAGCAACACGUGACGUCAUAUCGCGGAGAAAUCCUCAAACUGACGAAGCUCUCGCGUGGCGAGAUGGGAGCAUAUCUCUGCAUUGCGUCCAAUGGAGUUCCGCCGUCAGUGUCGAAAAGAAUUUCCCUCAGCAUUCACUUCCAUCCAGUCAUUCAAGUGCCCAACCAACUUGUGGGCGCCCCGCUCGGCACAGACGUCACGAUCGAGUGUCACGUAGAGGCAUCGCCAAAGUCUAUUAAUUAUUGGAUUAGGGACACAGGUGAAAUGAUAGUCUCUUCAGCCAAGUACCACGUUCAGGAGACCGCCAAGUCGCUGUACGAGACGCGAAUGUCGGUGACGGUGAGGAACUUCAGGAAGGAGGAUGUGGGCUCGUACAGGUGCAUUGCCAAGAACAGCCUCGGCGAGGUGGACAGCAGCAUCAGGCUGUACGAGAUUCCGGGACCGACGAGGAAGGUCCUCGCGCCGAAGUACGGCACGGAGACCAACGAUGUCAUCAAGAUCAGACAUCCGUCGUCGAAGGUGACGUUCCAGCCCGAGGACGACGAUCUUUAUGGAUCCGCCGAGGACUUGGACGAUCCGGAAUUGACGCAGAACGGGGCGGUGAUUCCGGGGAUCUUCCUGAAGCCCACGAGAGCCUCUGGCCAGGACGUCUACACUCGUCACGUUGUCCCUAUGGUGGGUCUGGUCACGAGAUCUCCUCACCUCAUUCCCGCCAUUCGCGGCGGUCAGGAUUCCGAGGCGAACUUCUCCUCAGGAACAGCCCGGAAAAUUCCUCUCAGUCUCACUGCAUUCCUGCUGAUCCUGCUCAUGAGCCAAACGCCCUCGUAAUAGACAAUCGCUGAGGGAUCCUUAGGUGAACUGUUGAUACAUUGUUCGAUUAAUUAGGCUAAUGAGAGAGACUUUUAGGUCAUGCGAAUAAGCAGGUAAAAAGAUUAACCAUCGAAUUGUGCUUCAAAUUGUGUUUUCGGCCUCAUCAAAUCCAGACCUUCGUGGAACUUAUGCUAUUUACAUGCCCUUUACCCGAAAAUUUAGUGAAAAAUCAAAAUUUUGUGCGCAAGCCUCAGCUAGAUUAACCCCAAAGGAAGCUCUCUUUGAGGCAGAAUUCAUGUAAAUACAGUAAAAGUGGAGUAAAGAAUGCAUUUAAACUGAGGAAGAAUUAGUCAAAGUUAUGUAUGAUAUUCUUACUCUGUUUCAAGAGCUACACAUAUUGUCAAAAUGUGAGAUAGACGAAUUAUUUUGUAAAAUUAAACAGAAAUUUAAUGAGAAUAGUGUUAAUGGAGAGUAUAUAUUAGAAAUAUAAUGAUAUGCAAUAAGAUUGUGUGCCAUUACUAGUGAAAAAAAAAGAGAUGUAGUUAUAAAAUAACUCUGAGAAAUCAGCAUUUAAGUUUCAAUUUCAGUGACAUUAUAAUCACAAAGCUGUAAGUUGACAGAGAGGCUUCUUUUGUAAAUAAGUCAAAAGGUAAAGGAAAUUUGAAAUGUAUUUAACCAUAUGUAUAUCUCACAAGGAAGAACUAUUAAAUGUAUACAAAAUAAAACCGAAUCGCGUUCAGUUCACC